GCAGUCGGUUGUUUACAUCGCGACAGUAAGCACGAAGCUUUUGGUCCAACCAAUUCUACAAGUGCGUUUAAUUUUGAUUAACGAAAUACUUUCACUCUUGAUUUGCAAAAAAAAUUGAGUGAAAAAUGAGUCCAGAGACACCCAGUUCUUCGGGUAGUGACACAUCGAGACCACCGUUGAAACCAGCAGAAGAAAGGCUGAUGGUGGCUGUAAGAGUUCGACCAUUAAAAAAUGAUGAGCCGCAUAGAGUUUUAUAUGCAGCUGAUAGAAAGAGUGUCAUAUUGGAAGACAGUGACAAAAGCGAUGCAAUCAGGCAAAAAAAGGGAGUAGAAAGGCAUUACACAUUUGACGUAGUUUUUAACGAGACAUCUUUUCAAGAAGAAGUAUAUGAUGUUACUACCAGAAGUUUGGUCAAGGACGUGUUAAAUGGAUAUAAUGGAACGGUAUUUGCUUAUGGAGCGACCGGAGCUGGUAAAACUCAUACAAUGGUUGGUGAUAGACAUCAUCCUGGGAUUAUGAUUAGAGCAUUAAAUGAUAUAUUUGAAGCUGUGAAGGAUAAGGAAGACGAAUACUCAGUCACCAUGUCUUAUUUGGAGUUGUAUAAUGAAAAUAUCCGAGAUCUGCUGAAUCCCGCCUCAGGCUACCUAGAGCUAAGGGAAGAUUCCAGGGGAAGGAGCAUACAAGUCUCAGGUUUAACGGAAAUAUCGACCACAAGUACAGACGAGGUAAUGCAACUUUUGCAAAAAGGCAACAAAGCACGCACUGUGGAACCAACAGCCAUGAACCAAACGUCUUCUAGAAGCCAUGCUCUGCUUAGUGUGACCGUUAGGCAUACUGUACCUGUAAAUAAGAGAGAUCAUUUGAGGAUGAGAAUUAAGCAAGGGCGGCUUUUUAUGAUCGAUUUGGCUGGAUCGGAAAGAGCGAACAAGACCAAGAACAGAGGGAAACGGCUUCAGGAAGGUGCUCAUAUUAACAGGUCAUUACUGGCUUUGGGCAAUUGCAUAAAUGCUCUAGCUGGAGGUGCGAGAUACGUAAACUAUAGAGAUUCCAAGCUCACAAGAUUACUUAAGGACGCUCUUAGUGGAAAUUGUAAAACCGUGAUGAUUGCUCACGUGAGUCCAUCAGCUAAUCAAAAAGAUGAAUCUAGAAAUACGUUGAUAUAUGCCGACAGGGCUAAUAAUAUUUCAACAAAAGUGGAACGAAAUGUCUUCGAUGUAUCCUACCAGGUCACUCAGUAUCAGACCGUGGUCAAUGAAUUACGAGCUGAAAUUUCAAGGUUGCAAACUAAAAUGAAAGAAGAACGUCCACGUUCAGCAGAUAUAAGCAAAAUGAACGCGGAAGAGAAGAGUGAAGAAGUCAGAAAUCUUAGAGAACAAAUAGUUGAAACAUUUAAAACGCAAAUGAAACUCAGACGAAAGCUGAUGGAAAUUGAUGCUCAUUUAUUGGGCCUUGGAAUGGAAGCUGAAAGGCAGCAUUUAAUAAUAUCCCACUGGGAAUCGAGAAACAAUAAACUGUACAAAAAUGGGGUGAACGCGAGUAGAGCCAGAACACAACAAAGCAUAAGGAGAAGAAAAUUAGCAACUGCCGACGGUUUUAGAUCCGCAGGCAAUGAAGAAGAUAUGGAUUCAGAUGCAGAUGGAGAAGAAGCAGAUAGUGAAACGGCAGUCCAGCAAGCAUGGGGAGAGCUGGCAGAUAUUGAGAGAGAGCAAGAUAGGUGGACGGAAUUAAGGGGGCAUAUUGAGCUGAAGCUGGAAGCAUGUAGACAAAGAGGCGUUAUGUUGGAAGACAAAUUGCCUUCAUUGCUCUCAUCAGAUGAUGAACGUGAAAUAUUAGCUCUAAUAUGUAGAGUUCAUGAAUUGGAAGCAGAUAAAAUGGCCCUUCAAUCGGAAAGGUUAGUAAGACAGCAUGAAUUGAAACGUCGAGAUUUGCUGAUCAUCAGGUAUGAUCGACAAAGGCAAUUGUGCGAAGAAAUUAUUACUCGACAGCGGCAACUGAUCGAAGAAGCAAAAGUAAAACUGCCAUCUGACCUGCAAGAACUAUAUCAGAUGUAUCAACAGGAAAUUCAUGCGGCCACUUAUACCGACUUCAACCCUCCUUCCACGGCUGGCGGUUGUUCAAUAGAUAAACUUCCUCCCAUAAGUAAAAUUUACAGCGAUCCCAUGUUUAGACCAACUUUAACAUCAGAUCCAAGUGUCUCUCCUCCUUCUUCAUCAGAAAGUGGAGGAGACGAGAACAUGCCUAAGGAGUCCAGCAUAGAUAGAGUCAUGGGACAUGUAGUUACUAGACCAGGAGCUGCAACGCGAUUGCCACCUUUACCUCCAAGUCCUCCUAUUCGGUUGAGCAGUAUCUCAAAAGAUUCGGCACAUAUCAUGCGAAGAGCUAUCAGCGAGGACAGGAUAGCAAACACUCCUGGGCCUUCGUCGAAAGAUUAAUUUAAUUACUUAAGUCACUUGUAAAUACACCAGUAAUUAUUUAUAUUUUUAAGUAAAUUGAUAUUUAUUAGUAAAUUUGUAAUUGAUA